AUGAAACCCCAAACAGAAGUCCUAAUCACCGGCGCAGGCCCAACAGGCCUCGUCCUCGCCCUCUGGCUCCACAAACAAGGAAUCAAAAUCCGCAUCAUCGACCAAGCAGAAAGCCCCGCAAAGAACUCACGAGCACUCGUCGUCCACGCCCGCAUCAUAGAGAUGUACCGCCAACUCGACCUAGCCGACGACCUAUUAGAAAUCGGGUACAAACUCCCGGCGACAAACCUCUGGGUCCACAAACAACACAAAGCACGCAUCCCGCUUGGUGAAUUCGGCGUCGAGUUGACUCCAUACCCGUUCAUGUUGACAGUUCCACAAGAUGAACAUGAGCGCAUGCUAGAGAAACGACUCAAUGAUCUCGGGAUCCAUGUUGAGCGACGGAUGAAAUUGCAGGGGUUUGUGGAUCAUGGGUCGAGCAUUUCGGCGACUCUUUUCCGGGAGGUUGAUGGGAUCUCAGAGACUUGUGAUGCGUCGUUUAUUGUUGGCUGUGAUGGGGCACAUUCGGCUGUUCGUCACGCUAUUGGUGCGAAGUAUGAAGGUGAAACGUAUAAACCACUUUUCUAUAUCGCCGAUAUCGAAACCAGGGACGAAGUCGCCAAUGGAGAAGGGAAUUUGAUGAUUUCGAAUGACACUUUCAAUUUGAUUGUGCCAUACAACAAAGAAGGGCAUGUUCGACUUGUUGGAAUUACGAUCCCGGAUAACAAUGACACCCACCAUAAUGAAUCAACCGAAGAAGAGCACAAAAUUACCUUUGAUGAUGUUCGGCCUCAGAUCAAGGAGGCUAUGGAUAUGGAGAUCGAUAAGGUUAACUGGUUCUCUACUUACCGCAGCCAUCACCGCGUCGCUGAUAAAUUCCGGAGUAAUCGGGCCUUCCUUGUUGGUGAUGCCGCUCACAUCCACAGUCCGGUUGGUGGGCAGGGAAUGAAUACUGGUAUUAUGGAUGCGAUCAAUCUGGCAUGGAAGCUUGCAACUGUCUUGAAAAUGGACAUGGAAGACGAAGCCAAACAUCAGCUCUUGGAAUCCUACGAGUCCGAACGUCGCGCCUUUGCUUUGAAGAUUGUUACAUCCACCGACGCGGGUUUCACCACGUUGACAUCGAAGGGGAUAUUCCCGCACAUUCUUCGGAACUGGUUGAUUCCCUAUCUUGUCCCGUUGGCUGUGAAAUUUGAACAUGCCCAGACUCAGAUCUUCCGAGGAGGAUCGCAGCUCAUUUGCAAUUAUCGGGGUAGCAGUCUGAGUCAAAAAGGUGCAGCCGGGGUUGUGCAGCCUGGCGAUCGCCUUCCGUGGGUUAGAAUGGACCAGGGGGAUAACUUCUCCAUGCUGCGGGAUAUUGGCUGGCAAAUUCAUGUGUACGGAGAGACCCGGCCUCUUGUUGACGCAUGGGCCCAGCGGAUGAAUAUUAAAACAUUCAGUUUCCAAUGGGAUGAGCAGUAUGCUAAGUCCGGACUGACAAAGGAUGGUGUUUAUUUGUUGCGACCUGAUCAUUACAUUGCAGGGAUUUUCGAGGGCCCUUCUAUUGUGUCAAGGCUAAACGGUUACUUCUCUGCCCGGGGGCUUGGAUGUUAG